CUGCACUUAUCGUUCUGCCCGUUCCCCAGCUCGCCGUUCCCCAGCUCGCCGUUCCCCUCUCGCCAAUCCCCACAUGCUGAUCUCCUCUACCGGCCUCCCUGGAUUCGCAUCUUCCAGCAGGGGAUCCGUGAAACGCCUCUCCUUCUCGCUGGCUCCGCUGAUCUUCCUGAUGGUCUCCCACUCUCGGUUCUGGGGUUCCACGCUGAGAUCCUCCAACCCUGGCUGAUUGGGAUCCCAUCCCUGGCGCUGGCGAAUUGCAAGGAGAGACGCCUUCCUCUCACUCAGAGGAGAGGCGCCUUCCUCUCACUCAGAGGAGAGGCGCCUGCCUCUCACUCAGAGGAGAGGCGCCUGCCUCUCACUCAGAGGAGAGGCGCCUGCCUCUCACUCAGAGGAGAGGCGCCUGCCUCUCACUCAGAGGAGAGGCGCCCGCCUCUCACUCAGAGGAGAGGCGCCUUCCUCUCACUCAGAGGAGAGGCGCCUUCCUCUCACUCAGAGGAGAGGCGCCUUCCUCUCACUCAGGCUUUCCUCUCACUCAGAGGAGAGGCGCCUGCCUCUCACUCAGAGGAGAGGCGCCUGCCUCUCACUCAGAGGAGAGGCGCCUUCCUCUCACUCAGAGGAGAGGCGCCUGCCUCUCACUCAGAGGAGAGGCGCCUGCCUCUCACUCAGAGGAGAGGCGCCUGCCUCUCACUCAGAGGAGAGGCGCCUGCCUCUCACUCAGAGGAGAGGCGCCCGCCUCUCACUCAGAGGAGAGGCGCCUUCCUCUCACUCAGAGGAGAGGCGCCUUCCUCUCACUCAGAGGAGAGGCGCCUUCCUCUCACUCAGAGGAGAGGCGCCUUCCUCUCACUCAGGCUUUCCUCUCACUCAGAGGAGAGGCGCCUGCCUCUCACUCAGAGGAGAGGCGCCUGCCUCUCACUCAGAGGAGAGGCGCCUUCCUCUCACUCAGAGGAGAGGCGCCUUCCUCUCACUCAGAGGAGAGGCGCCUGCCUCUCACUCAGAGGAGAGGCGCCUGCCUCUCACUCAGAGGAGAGGCGCCUUCCUCUCACUCAGAGGAGAGGCGCCUGCCUCUCAAUCACAGGAGAGGCGCCUUCCUCUCACUCAGAGGAGAGGCGCCUUCCUCUCACUCAGAGGAGAGGCGCCUUCCUCUCACUCAGAGGAGAGGCGCCUGCCUCUCACUCAGAGGAGAGGCGCCUUCCUCUCACUCAGAGGAGAGGCGCCUGCCUCUCACUCAGAGGAAAGGCGCCUGCCUCUCACUCAGAGGAGAGGCGCCUUCCUCUCAUUCAGAGGAGAGGCGCAUGCCUCUCAGUCAGAGGAGAGGCGCCUUCCUCUCACUCAGAGGAGAGGCGCCUUCCUCUCACUCACAGGAGAGGCGCCUUCCUCUCACUCAGAGGAGAGGCGCCUUCCUCUCACUCAGAGGAGAGGCGCCUUCCUCUCACUCAGAGGAGAGGCGCCUGCCUCUCACUCACAGGAGAGGCGCCUUCCUCUCACGCAGAGGAGAGGCGCCUUCCUCUCACGCAGAGGAGAGGCGCCUUCCUCUCACUCAGAGGAGAGGCGCCUUCCUCUCACUCAGAGGAGAGGCGCCUGCCUCUCACUCAGAGGAGAGGCGCAUGCCUCUCAGUCAGAGGAGAGGCGCCUUCCUCUCACUCAGAGGAGAGGCGCCUUCCUCUCACUCAGAGGAGAGGCGCCUUCCUCUCACUCAGAGGAAGGGCGCCUUCCUCUCACUCAGAGGAGAGGCGCCUUCCUCUCACUCAGAGGAGAGGCGCCUGCCUCUCACUCAGAGGAGAGGUGCCUUCCUCUAACUCAGAGGAGAGGCGCCUUCCUCUCAAUCAGAGGAGAGGCGCCUGCCUCUCACUCAGAGGAGAAGCGCCUUCCUCUCACUCAGAGGAGAGGCGCCUUCCUCUCACUCAGAGGAGAGGCGCCUUCCUCUCACUCAGAGGAGAGGCGCCUGCCUCUCACUCAGAGGAGAGGCGCCUGCCUCUCACUCAGAGGAGAGGCGCCUGCCUCUCACUCAGAGGAGAGGCGCCUGCCUCUCACACAGAGGAGAGGCGCCUUCCUCUCACUCACAGGAGAGGCGCCUUCCUCACACUCAGAGGAGAGGCGCCUUCCUCUCACUCACAGGAGAGGCGCCUUCCUCUCACUCAGAGGAGAGGCGCCUUCCUCUCACUCAGAGGAGAGGCGCCUUCCUCUCACUCAGAGGAGAGGCGCCUGCCUCUCACUCACAGGAGAGGCGCCUUCCUCUCACGCAGAGGAGAGGCGCCUUCCUCUCACGCAGAGGAGAGGCGCCUUCCUCUCACUCAGAGGAGAGGCGCCUUCCUCUCACUCAGAGGAGAGGCGCCUGCCUCUCACUCAGAGGAGAGGCGCAUGCCUCUCAGUCAGAGGAGAGGCGCCUUCCUCUCACUCAGAGGAGAGGCGCCUUCCUCUCACUCAGAGGAGAGGCGCCUUCCUCUCACUCAGAGGAAGGGCGCCUUCCUCUCACUCAGAGGAGAGGCGCCUUCCUCUCACUCAGAGGAGAGGCGCCUUCCUCUCACUCAGAGGAGAGGCGCCUUCCUCUCACUCAGGCUUUCCUCUCACUCAGAGGAGAGGCGCCUGCCUCUCACUCAGAGGAGAGGCGCCUGCCUCUCACUCAGAGGAGAGGCGCCUUCCUCUCACUCAGAGGAGAGGCGCCUGCCUCUCACUCAGAGGAGAGGCGCCUGCCUCUCACUCAGAGGAGAGGCGCCUGCCUCUCACUCAGAGGAGAGGCGCCUGCCUCUCACUCAGAGGAGAGGCGCCCGCCUCUCACUCAGAGGAGAGGCGCCUUCCUCUCACUCAGAGGAGAGGCGCCUUCCUCUCACUCAGAGGAGAGGCGCCUUCCUCUCACUCAGAGGAGAGGCGCCUUCCUCUCACUCAGGCUUUCCUCUCACUCAGAGGAGAGGCGCCUGCCUCUCACUCAGAGGAGAGGCGCCUGCCUCUCACUCAGAGGAGAGGCGCCUGCCUCUCACUCAGAGGAGAGGCGCCUUCCUCUCACUCAGAGGAGAGGCGCCUUCCUCUCACUCAGGCUUUCCUCUCACUCAGAGGAGAGGCGCCUGCCUCUCACUCAGAGGAGAGGCGCCUGCCUCUCACUCAGAGGAGAGGCGCCUGCCUCUCACUCAGAGGAGAGGCGCCUUCCUCUCACUCAGAGGAGAGGCGCCUUCCUCUCACUCAGAGGAGAGGCGCCUGCCUCUCACUCAGAGGAGAGGCGCCUGCCUCUCACUCAGAGGAGAGGCGCCUUCCUCUCACUCAGAGGAGAGGCGCCUGCCUCUCAAUCACAGGAGAGGCGCCUUCCUCUCACUCAGAGGAGAGGCGCCUUCCUCUCACUCAGAGGAGAGGCGCCUUCCUCUCACUCAGAGGAGAGGCGCCUGCCUCUCACUCAGAGGAAAGGCGCCUGCCUCUCACUCAGAGGAGAGGCGCCUUCCUCUCAUUCAGAGGAGAGGCGCAUGCCUCUCAGUCAGAGGAGAGGCGCCUUCCUCUCACUCAGAGGAGAGGCGCCUUCCUCUCACUCACAGGAGAGGCGCCUUCCUCUCACUCAGAGGAGAGGCGCCUUCCUCUCACUCAGAGGAGAGGCGCCUUCCUCUCACUCAGAGGAGAGGCGCCUGCCUCUCACUCACAGGAGAGGCGCCUUCCUCUCACGCAGAGGAGAGGCGCCUUCCUCUCACGCAGAGGAGAGGCGCCUUCCUCUCACUCAGAGGAGAGGCGCCUUCCUCUCACUCAGAGGAGAGGCGCCUGCCUCUCACUCAGAGGAGAGGCGCAUGCCUCUCAGUCAGAGGAGAGGCGCCUUCCUCUCACUCAGAGGAGAGGCGCCUUCCUCUCACUCAGAGGAGAGGCGCCUGCCUCUCACUCAGAGGAGAGGUGCCUUCCUCUAACUCAGAGGAGAGGCGCCUUCCUCUCAAUCAGAGGAGAGGCGCCUGCCUCUCACUCAGAGGAGAAGCGCCUUCCUCUCACUCAGAGGAGAGGCGCCUUCCUCUCACUCAGAGGAGAGGCGCCUUCCUCUCACUCAGAGGAGAGGCGCCUGCCUCUCACUCAGAGGAGAGGCGCCUGCCUCUCACUCAGAGGAGAGGCGCCUGCCUCUCACUCAGAGGAGAGGCGCCUGCCUCUCACACAGAGGAGAGGCGCCUUCCUCUCACUCACAAGAGAGGCGCCUUCCUCACACUCAGAGGAGAGGCGCCUGCCUCUCACUCAGAGGAGAGGCGCCUUCCUCUCACUCAGAGGAGAGGCGCCUUCCUCUCACUCAGAGGAGAGGCGCCUUCCUCUCACUCAGAGGAGAGGCGCCUGCCUCUCACUCAGAGGAGAGGCGCCUUCCUCUCACUCAGAGGAGAGGCGCCUGCCUCUCACUCAGAGGAGAGGUGCCUUCCUCUAACUCAGAGGAGAGGCGCCUUCCUCUCACUCAGAGGAGAGGCGCCUUCCUCUCACUCAGAGGAGAGGCGCCUGCCUCUCACUCAGAGGAGAGGUGCCUUCCUCUCACUCAAGAGGAGAGGCGCCUUCCUCUCACUCAGAGGAGAGGUGCCUUCCUCUAACUCAGAGGAGAGGCGCCUUCCUCUCACUCAGAGGAGAGGCGCCUGCCUCUCACUCAGAGGAGAAGCGCCUUCCUCUCACUCAGAGGAGAGGCGUCUUCCUCUCACUCAGAGGAGAGGCGCCUUCCUCUCACUCAGAGGAGAGGCGCCUUCCUCUCACUCAGAGGAGUGGCGCCUUCCUCUCACUCAGAGGAGAGACGCCUUCCUCUCACUCAGAGGAGAGGCGCCUUCCUCUCACUCAGAGGAGAGGCGCCUGCCUCUCACUCAGAGGGGAGGCGCCUGCCUCUCACUCAGAGGAGAGGCGCCUGCCUCUCACUCAGAGGAGAGGCGCCCGCCUCUCACUCAGAGGAGAGGCGCCUUCCUCUCACUCAGAGGAGAGGCGCCUUCCUCUCACUCAGAGGAGAGGCGCCUUCCUCUCACUCAGGCUUUCCUCUCACUCAGAGGAGAGGCGCCUGCCUCUCACUCAGAGGAGAGGCGCCUGCCUCUCACUCAGAGGAGAGGCGCCUUCCUCUCACUCAGAGGAGAGGCGCCUGCCUCUCACUCAGAGGGGAGGCGCCUGCCUCUCACUCAGAGGAGAGGCGCCUGCCUCUCACUCAGAGGAGAGGCGCCUGCCUCUCACUCAGAGGAGAGGCGCCUGCCUCUCACUCAGAGGGGAGGCGCCUGCCUCUCACUCAGAGGAGAGGCGCCUGCCUCUCACUCAGAGGAGAGGCGCCUGCCUCUCAAUCACAGGAGAGGCGCCUGCCUCUCAAUCACAGGAGAGGCGCCUUCCUCUCACUCAGAGGAGAGGCGCCUUCCUCUCACUCAGAGGAGAGGCGCCUUCCUCUCACUCAGAGGAGAGGCGCCUGCCUCUCACUCAGAGGAGAGGCGCCUUCCUCUCACUCAGAGGAGAGGCGCCUGCCUCUCACUCAGAGGAAAGGCGCCUGCCUCACUCAGAGGAGAGGCGCCUUCCUCUCAUUCAGAGGAGAGGCGCAUGCCUCUCAGUCAGAGGAGAGGCGCCUUCCUCUCACUCAGAGGAGAGGCGCCUUCCUCUCACUCACAGGAGAGGCGCCUUCCUCUCACUCAGAGGAGAGGCGCCUUCCUCUCACUCAGAGGAGAGGCGCCUGCCUCUCACUCACAGGAGAGGCGCCUUCCUCUCACGCAGAGGAGAGGCGCCUUCCUCUCACGCAGAGGAGAGUCAGAGGAGAGGCGCCUUCCUCUCACUCAGAGGAGAGGCGCCUUCCUCUCACUCAGAGGAGAGGCGCCUUCCUCUCACUCAGAGGAAGGGCGCCUUCCUCUCACUCAGAGGAGAGGCGCCUUCCUCUCACUCAGAGGAGAGGCGCCUGCCUCUCACCCAGAGGAGAGGUGCCUUCCUCUAACUCAGAGGAGAGGCGCCUUCCUCUCAAUCAGAGGAGAGGCGCCUGCCUCUAACUCAGAGGAGAAGCGCCUUCCUCUCACUCAGAGGAGAGGCGCCUUCCUCUCACUCAGAGGAGAGGCGCCUGCCUCUCACUCAGAGGAGAGGCGCCUGCCUCUCAAUCACAGGAGAGGCGCCUGCCUCUCAAUCACAGGAGAGGCGCCUUCCUCUCACUCAGAGGAGAGGCGCCUUCCUCUCACUCAGAGGAGAGGCGCCUUCCUCUCACUCAGAGGAGAGGCGCCUGCCUCUCACUCAGAGGACAGGCGCCUUCCUCUCACUCAGAGGAGAGGCGCCUGCCUCUCACUCAGAGGAAAGGCGCCUGCCUCUCACUCAGAGGAGAGGCGCCUUCCUCUCAUUCAGAGGAGAGGCGCAUGCCUCUCAGUCAGAGGAGAGGCGCCUUCCUCUCACUCAGAGGAGAGGCGCCUUCCUCUCACUCACAGGAGAGGCGCCUUCCUCUCACUCAGAGGAGAGGCGCCUUCCUCUCACUCAGAGGAGAGGCGCCUGCCUCUCACUCACAGGAGAGGCGCCUUCCUCUCACGCAGAGGAGAGGCGCCUUCCUCUCACGCAGAGGAGAGAGGAGAGGCGCAUGCCUCUCAGUCAGAGGAGAGGCGCCUUCCUCUCACUCAGAGGAGAGGCGCCUUCCUCUCACUCAGAGGAGAGGCGCCUUCCUCUCACUCAGAGGAAGGGCGCCUUCCUCUCACUCAGAGGAGAGGCGCCUUCCUCUCACUCAGAGGAGAGGCGCCUGCCUCUCACUCAGAGGAGAGGUGCCUUCCUCUAACUCAGAGGAGAGGCGCCUUCCUCUCAAUCAGAGGAGAGGCGCCUGCCUCUCACUCAGAGGAGAAGCGCCUUCCUCUCACUCAGAGGAGAGGCGCCUUCCUCUCACUCAGAGGAGAGGCGCCUUCCUCUCACUCAGAGGAGAGGCGCCUGCCUCUCACUCAGAGGAGAGGCGCCUGCCUCUCACUCAGAGGAGAGGCGCCUGCCUCUCACUCAGAGGAGAGGCGCCUUCCUCUCACUCAGAGGAGAGGCGCCUGCCUCUCACUCAGAGGAGAGGCGCCUUCCUCUCACUCAGAGGAGAGGCGCCUUCCUCUCACUCAGAGGAGAGGCGCGUUCCUCUCACUCAGAGGAGAGGCGCCUGCCUCUCACUCAGAGGAGGAGAGGCGCCUGCCUCUCACUCAGAGGAGAGGCGCCUUCCUCUCACUCAGAGGAGAGGCGCCUGCCUCUCACUCAGAGGAGAGGUGCCUUCCUCUAACUCAGAGGAGAGGCGCCUUCCUCUCACUCAGAGGAGAGGCGCCUUCCUCUCACUCAGAGGAGAGGCGCCUGCCUCUCACUCAGAGGAGAGGUGCCUUCCUCUCACUCAAGAGGAGAGGCGCAUUCCUCUCAAUCAGAGGAGAGGCGACUGCCUCUCACUCAGAGGAGAAGCGCCUUCCUCUCAGUCAGAGGAGAGGCGCCUGCCUCUCACUCAGAGGAGAGGCAACCUCCUCUCACUCAGAGGAGAGGCGCCUUCCUCUCACUCAGAGGAGAGGCGCCUUCCUCUCACUCAGAGGAGAGGCGCCUUCCUCUCACUCAGAGGAGAGGCGCCUUCCUCUCACUCAGAGGAGAGGCUCCUUCCUCUCACUCAGAGGAGAGGCGCCUUCCUCUCACUCAGAGGAGAGGCGCAUACCUAUCACUCAGAGGAGAGGCGCCUUCCUCUCACUCAGAGGAGAGGCGCCUUCCUCUCACUCAGAGGAGAGGCGCCUUCCUCUCACUCAGAGGAGAGGCGCCUUCCUCUCACUCAGAGGAGAGGCGCCUUCCUCUCACUCAGAGGAGAGGCGCCUUCCUCUCACUCAGAGGAGAGGCGCCUUCCUCUCACUCAGAGGAGAGGCGACCUCCUCUCACUCAGAGGAGAGGCGCCUUCCUCUCACUGAGAGGAGAGAGGAGAAGCGCCUUCCUCUCACUCAGAGGAGAGGCGCCUUCCUCUCACUCAGAGGAGAGGCGCCUUCCUCUCACUCAGAGGAGAGGCGCCUUCCUCUCACUCAGAGGAGUAGCGCCUUCCUCUCACUCAGAGGAGAGACGCCUUCCUCUCACUCAGAGGAGAGGCGCCUUCCUCUCACUCAGAGGAGAGGCGCCUGCCUCUCACUCAGAGGAGAGGCGCCUGCCUCUCACUCAGAGGAGAGGCGCCUGCCUCUCACUCAGAGGAGAGGCGCCUGCCUCUCACUCAGAGGAGAGGCGCCCGCCUCUCACUCAGAGGAGAGGCGCCUUCCUCUCACUCAGAGGAGACGCGCCUUCCUCUCACUCAGAGGAGAGGCGCCUUCCUCUCACUCAGGCUUUCCUCUCACUCAGAGGAGAGGCGCCUGCCUCUCACUCAGAGGAGAGGCGCCUGCCUCUCACUCAGAGGAGAGGCGCCUUCCUCUCACUCAGAGGAGAGGCGCCUUCCUCUCACUCAGAGGAGAGGCGCCUGCCUCUCACUCAGAGGAAAGGCGCCUGCCUCUCACUCAGAGGAGAGGCGCCUUCCUCUCAUUCAGAGGAGAGGCGCAUGCCUCUCAGUCAGAGGAGAGGCGCCUUCCUCUCACUCAGAGGAGAGGCGCCUUCCUCUCACUCACAGGAGAGGCGCCUUCCUCUCACUCAGAGGAGAGGCGCCUUCCUCUCACUCAGAGGAGAGGCGCCUUCCUCUCACUCAGAGGAGAGGCGCCUGCCUCUCACUCACAGGAGAGGCGCCUUCCUCUCACUCAGAGGAGAGGCGCCUUCCUCUCACUCAGAGGAGAGGCGCCUUCCUCUCACUCAGAGGAGAGGCGCCUUCCUCUCUCUCAGAGGAGAAGCGCCUUCCUCUCACUCAGAGGAGAGGCGCCUUCCUCUCACUCAGAGGAGAGGCGCCUGCCUCUCACUCAGAGGAGAGGAGAGGCGCCUUCCUCUCACUCAGAGGAGAGGCGCCUACCUCUCACUCAGAGGAGAGGCGCCCGCCUCUCACUCAGAGGAGAGGCGCCUUCCUCUCACUCAGAGGAGACGCGCCUUCCUCUCACUCAGAGGAGAGGCGCCUUCCUCUCACUCAGGCUUUCCUCUCACUCAGAGGAGAGGCGCCUGCCUCUCACUCAGAGGAGAGGCGCCUGCCUCUCACUCAGAGGAGAGGCGCCUUCCUCUCACUCAGAGGAGAGGCGCCUUCCUCUCACUCAGAGGAGAGGCGCCUGCCUCUCACUCAGAGGAAAGGCGCCUGCCUCUCACUCAGAGGAGAGGCGCCUUCCUCUCAUUCAGAGGAGAGGCGCAUGCCUCUCAGUCAGAGGAGAGGCGCCUUCCUCUCACUCAGAGGAGAGGCGCCUUCCUCUCACUCACAGGAGAGGCGCCUUCCUCUCACUCAGAGGAGAGGCGCCUUCCUCUCACUCAGAGGAGAGGCGCCUUCCUCUCACUCAGAGGAGAGGCGCCUGCCUCUCACUCACAGGAGAGGCGCCUUCCUCUCACUCAGAGGAGAGGCGCCUUCCUCUCACUCAGAGGAGAGGCGCCUUCCUCUCACUCAGAGGAGAGGCGCCUUCCUCUCUCUCAGAGGAGAAGCGCCUUCCUCUCACUCAGAGGAGAGGCGCCUUCCUCUCACUCAGAGGAGAGGCGCCUGCCUCUCACUCAGAGGAGAGGUGCCUUCCUCUAACUAAGAGGAGAGGCGCCUUCCUCUCACUCAGAGGAGAGGCGCCUACCUCUCACUCAGAGGAGAGGCACCUUCCUCUCACUCAGAGGAGAAGCGCCAUCCUCUCACUCAGAGGAGAGGCGCCUUCCUCUCACUCAGAGGAGAGGCGCCUUCCUCUCACUCAGAGGAGAGGCGCCUUCGUCUCACUCAGAGAGGCGCCUGCCUCUCACUCAGAGGAGAGGCGCCUUCCUCUCACUCGGAGGAGAGGCGCCUUCCUCUCACUCAGAGGAGAGGCGCCUUCCUCUCACUCAGAGGAGAGGCGCCUUCCUCUCACUCAAGAGGAGAGGCGCCUGCCUCUCACUCAGAGGAGAGGCGACCUUAGAGAGGCGCCUUCCUCUCACUCAGAGGAGAGGCGCCUGCCUCUCACUCAGAGGAGAAGCGCCUUCCUCUCACUCAGAGGAGAGGCGCCUUCCUCUCACUCAGAGGAGAGGCGCCUUCCUCUCACUCAGAGGAGAGGCGCCUUCCUCUCACUCAGAGGAGUGGCGCCUUCCUCUCACUCAGAGGAGAGACGCCUUCCUCUCACUCAGAGGAGAGGCGCCUGCCUCUCACUCAGAGGAGAGGCGCCUGCCUCUCACUCAGAGGAGAGGCGCCUGCCUCUCACUCAGAGGAGAGGCGCCUGCCUCUCACUCAGAGGAGAGGCCUCUAACUCAGAGGAGAGAGGAGAGGCGCCUUCCUCUCACUCAGAGGAGAGGCGCCUUCCUGUCACUCAGAGGAGAGGCGCCUGCCUCUCACUCAGAGGAGAGGCGCCUGCCUCUCACUCAGAGGAGAGGCGCCUUCCUCUCACUCAGAGGAGAGGCGCCUGCCUCUCACUCAGAGGAGAGGCGCCUUCCUCUCACUCAGAGGAGAGGCGCCUUCCUCUCACUCAGAGGAGAAGCGCCUUCCUCUCACUCAGAGGAGAGGCGCCUUCCUCUCACUCAGAGGAGGGGCGCCUGCCUCUCACUCAGAGGAGAGGCGCCUGCCUCUCACUCAGAGGAGAGGCGCCUUCCUCUCACUCAGAGGAGAGGCGCCUUCCUCUCACUCAGAGGAGAAGCGCCUGCCUCUCACUCAGAGGAGAGGCGCCUUCCUCUCACUCAGAGGAGAGGCGCCUUCCUCUCACUCACAGGAGAGGCGCCUUCCUCUCACUCAGAGGAGAGGCGCCUUCCUCUCACUCACAGGAGAGGCGCCUUCCUCUCACUCACAGGAGAGGCGCCUUCCUCUCACUCAGAGGAGAGGCGCCUUCCUCUCACUCAGAGGAGAGGCGCCUUCCUCUCACUCAGAGGAGAGGCGCCUUCCUCUCACUCAGAGGAGAGGCGCCUUCCUCUCACUCAGAGGAGAGGCGCCUUCCUCUUAGAGGAGGGUCGCCUCUAAGAGGGGUGGAGGGGUGGAUGGGUGGAGGGGUGGAGGGAUGGAGGGGUGGGUGGGUUGAUGGGUGGAGGUGUGGAGGGGUGGAGGUGUGGAUGGGUGGAGGGGUGGUGGUGUGGAUGGGUGGAGGGGUGGAGGGGUGGAUGGGUGGAUGGGUGGAUGGGUGGAGCGGACUAUGGCCUACAUCGGUCCACCCGCACCUCAGAUCUAGCCUUCCGCGGCCUAGAUCUCCUCCUCCGCGGCCUCAAUCCUCCCUCCCGCGGCCUCAAUCCUCCCUCCCGCGGCCUCAAUCCUCCCUCCCGCGGCCUCAAUCCUCCCUCCCGCGGCCUCAAUCCUCCCUCCCGCGGCCUCAAUCCUCCCUCCCGCGGCCUCAAUCCUCCCUCCCGCGGCCUCAAUCCUCCCUCCCGCGGCCUCAAUUCUCCCUCUCACGGUCUCAAACCGUCCUUACGCAGCCUCAAACCGCUCCCCCGUGGCAGCAACCCUCCCCCCCGUCGCCACGCCUCAACCUGCCCGCCGACGCGACCGACCUGCGCGCCGGCGCGGACGACCAGCGCGGCGACGCGGACGACCUGCGCGGCGACGCGGCCGACCAGCGCGCCGACGCGGACGACCUGCGCGGCGACGCGGCCGACCAGCGCGCCGACGCGGACGACCUGCGCGCCGCCGCGGACGACCUGCGUGCCGCCGCGGACGGUCAGCGCGCUGUCGCCAGCGACCUGCGCGCCGACGCGGCCGGCCAGCGCGUGACCGCCGACGACCCACGCGCUGACGCGGACGGCCAGCGCGCGACCGCCGACGAGCCGCGCGCUGACGCGGACGGCUAG